CCCUACUACAAAUGACAGGAAAACUCAACAACUAAUAGUAUUUGAACGGAAGGGAAAUGGACACUGGAAGCCAGUAUCCACAAGUUGCAUUCUGGGACAGAUUCAAUAUGGCUUCCUCUAGAAAGCAGUUCAUUCCCAGUGAAAUUUAGAAGAGAAUGGAUCCAGAGCUGUACAGGAACACACUGGCAAGUCGAUAUGCCAAUCAAGAUAUCAGCUCCUUGUUGUCGGAACAGGCAGCACUUACUCCAGGAAUUGGUCUUGGGACUACUUUUCCGACAGCAGGGCAGAUAUCAGCUGCAAGGUCAUUCGGUCCAUUGCCUGGAUAUACUGGACAUGCUUUACACACAGAUUCCCAUCUGCAAAACAUUGCAGCUCAAGGUGCCUAUAAGACAUUACCUGGUCAACCUACAUUUUCUGACCCAUAUGCAGGACUACGUUUAACAUCACAGUCAAGUAGCAUUCCUUCAUCAAAACCAGUAUUUGGUCAAGAAUCUAUGGCUCAAGCUGGAAUGUUAGAUGCUGGACAAAAAUGGGGACUUUCGAAUUUUGUUGCACAGAAUCCAAAUAUGUUAGCGCAUGCAGCUGAUUUAUCUAGCGCAGAGUUUCAGUCGUCGUUGGCAUUAUCGAGUCAGACAUUGCUUAACCCUCCUCCAGCUCACAGUUCAAAGACAAAUCAGAUUAGCCAAAGGUUACCUUAUUCAGGUGCAGAAAUGGUCAGCAGGACCACAAAGUCGCCACCUGGUCAGUCAGUUUAUGACAGCCGUAAUCAGUCAGGAACGCCGAUCUCAUCCCAGGCAGCAAUGUUUGCUUACAGUCAUCCACAGGCAUUUCAUGCAAAACAGGACAUAUUGAUGGAUACAAUGAACUAUGAGGCAGUAAGCCCAGCAACUACACCUGGACCAGAUCCUUCAAACCAACACCAGCAGCAGAAUGAGUCGUACUUAUCUCUACAGGACCUAGCAUCAAUAAGUUCAACACAGCAGAAAUUAGAUGUAAAUAACCCUCAGCAGUCAAUACAGAAACGCCCAUCUCCCAUUGUUCCAGACAGACAGAACAAAAUGCAGCAUCUUAAAAAUCAGAAAUCGAUGACACAGCAGGAAUUGUUUAAUGGCUCACCUCAUAUGCGUCAAAGCCCGCAGCAAACCAACAUUGGGAGCCCACAGGUUCAGAUGGGCAGUCCACAGGCACCAGUACCAAGUUCCACCAUAGUGCAAGCUCCACCACCAGUCCAAGCCCCUGCUGACUCUACUACAAAGCCAAAAAAGUCUCGAUCUCGUAAGAAAAAAGACACUAUAAAUGAAAUGAAAGGUGACAAUUUAGGACAAAAUUACAAUCCUCAAACUGUUUUGAACACACCUGAUAUGUCUCAGAGGGUUGGUAACAAUGAGUAUUCCAGUAUGCCAAAUCAAACCAGUUUCAUGCCAAAUAGGAAUCAGCAAGUGUUUAGCUCUUCUAGUGAAUCUGGUCACAAUUCACCAUUGCUAACUUCUCCGAUCAGUCAGCCUUUAGGGCGGGGUCAAGCUAAUCAACAGACUAUUUAUGCAAAGAAUGUGCCUUCGCCUAAUAUGAGCAAUCACCAAGCAAGACCAGUGCCCCAACAGUCUCCAAUGAUGACAGCAUUUCACCCAUCGCCAACUAACACACAAUCAGGAAUGACUUUUUCAGUUUCAGAUGCUCUUGAAAUGAGCCGUGAAGCAGUGUUUGCCAACCAGGGAUUAAUAGAAGGGUAUAGUGGUAUGUCAGAACAGCAACAGUAUGGAAUGCAGGAAUCAUUCACAAGUCAGCUUGGUAUGGAGUCAAUGAGAAGACCAGAUAUGUAUAAUGGUGCUGAAGAGAGUGUAUUUGUUAGCCAGUAUGGGGGACAGUUUGUAAGUCCAAACAGUGUGUUAAAUAUGGAUGUUGGACAGGUAAAUAAUAUGAAUCAACAGACUACGAUUGAUGAAGCAGAAUUUUCUAGCUUAAUGGGUGAUCCUUAUGAACGAGACGGAUCACCAGAGAAAAGACCUUCAGGUGAUAAAAACGCGCCUUAUUACUCGCUCACUGUAAAAGUUGAGGCUGCCCAGGAUGAUGAUUUGUCACACCUGGCCAAGCCUGUCCAAGAGAAAACUGACUCAAAACCAAGACCAAACCCUUUAACGAGCCCCUUUCAGUCACAUCUCAUGCCUCAGUCCACUGCUUCUUCACAGCCCACUCUCCCACCCCCUGUUGCACCAAAACCAGUUGUGAAGAAUGCAAGUGGUGGGACAUCAUUCAUGGACUCGUUUUUAAGUUUUAUACAGGGAAAGAAACCAGAAACUUUAUCUAGCAUGAGUAGUGCCAUAAUUCAUAAUAAACCUCAGUUACCAAAAUAUAUCCCGGAACCACCUCGACCGAAGAGGGUUGAACCCACUCCGGAAAAAAGUGCUGGUGCUGAGAGGGUAAACUUGUUGAAAACUUGUGAUAAAACGCAGAAAACAAGUGUAGUUACAUUUUCUGAUAGUGACGAAAACACAGACGAGGCAGAUUCUAAUGCCGUUAAAAAAGCUAUCUCAGCAUUGAACAGUGAAAAUGAAAAUGUGCAAAUUCGAACAAACAAAUUAGGUGGAUUGACGAUGAAAAUUAAUUUAAAUAAAGUAAAAAGAGCUGAAGAAAAUGCACGAAAAGCUGCUAAACUGAAAAAACCAAGGUCUCGUAAGAAAAGUAGUAAAGAAAAGAAAUUUGGUUUAAAGGAGGAGUUUAAAACGGCUUACUCUUCAGGGGAGGAGGUGGAAGCCUUGCCUGCAAGACAACUGUCAUCAAGGAAAGCCAAAGAAAAUAUAGGGCAAAGUGCAUUUUCAGGUAAAUAUGCUGAGGAGGAGGAUUCUGACUCGGACACAUUGAAACCAAUACGCAAACUGGGAGAGGAAAGUGAUGAUGAAAAGUAUGACUCUGACAAAGAUCCUGCAUGGACACCAUUUAAUGUUGAUAAAAAUGUUCCAGCUUUUGAUGCAGCUGACUUUGAUGGAAAGAGAAAAAGGACCAAGGGCAAAAGUAGAAGUCGACAACCAAAAAUGCGUAAAAUGAGCUCUGAAGGAGUAUCUGCACAGCCAGUGAAAGUUGGUGAACCACAGGUUGUGGAGCUGGACAGUGGUAGUGAAGAUGAGCAACCAGGACCCAUGCAGCAAGUGCCAGGAGAUCUUCAGGUAGGGGAUUUUGUUAUAGAGAAGAAUGAUGAAAAGAAUACAGAAUCCUAUUCUAUAUGGAAGAUUGAGCCUGGACGUAUGCUACACAAGUUUGAACUGUUCACAGAAAACUCAAGGAUUCUUCAUAGAUCUAUACCUACUUUUUCUAGCUGGCUGCCAAACAUGAGGAACACCUUUAAGCGUAUACGGGUACGACAAGUGUUUAAACAGGGAGAAAAGGAGCAUGUAGAAGUGUUGGAAGAGUACAGGCCGAAACCUGCUCUAGACAGCAAGUUAGAACAGAAGUAUGAAGAACACCCACUAGUUGAUGCAUUUAAUGUAUAUCUACAGAUAUUCCUUAGUCAGGCAUUAGAGCCGGGAUUUCUCAGUGCAAUCAGGGAGGCAGAUGAGCGUUUCUAUCUGGAUGCCUUGGAGAAGAUCGAUAAAGCUGUUGGUCUCAGAUUAACAGAGAUUGAUCAAACUGUCAGAUGGAAAGACAGAUUUAAGGAAUCUGUUAAGUUACGUCCACACAUUCGAGAAAUUGACAGACCCAACUUGAAACAGUCGUGUCAGGCAUGCGAAUUUAACAGUCAACCAGCCAUCAAGUCUGUUCAUCUGUUUGGAAAUCCAUAUGAUAGAUUUAGUCUUCAAGAAUUACCCCCUGAGGGACCUCAUACCCCAAUGGAGUUCAUGAUCGGGAAGACGGCGGCAAAAUAUGUAAAACCAUAUCAUAACCUGUAUCACUUCAAAUAUAAUCUGUUCAAACGGUGUCUAGCUAAGGUGAAUAUUUUACAAGACAGCAAAGCGGGUGAUAAUGCAGCUAUAUUGGACCAGUGCUUACAAAACAGAACAUGGGUAUUACAGAUAUUUGAAGAUUUAAAAAAGAUGUUGGAGAAAGGCUGAGCCUAAAUCACCUUAUGAAAAAAAAUCAAAAUGCUCAAACUACGGAUACAAUUCUUCUGAUGUGAGUUCCCCAACUCUCCUUGGUUCCAUGCCUUUGUUCCAAGUCAGGAACUAUCCAGGAUUCAGAGUUUCCAGUAUUGUAGAGGGUGUUAGGACAUCUCUUGAUGAGUGUGUGAAUAUGAAGACCAUUUUAAAGCCAUAUUAUUUUAAAGAUCUGUUCCUUUAUUUAUUAUAUUUAGAGUAUUUAGUUAGACAGUUUUAUUUAGCAUAUAAAGCAUGUAUAGGGAUGGCUUGAUUAAAUUCCAGGUCUCUCUGCCAGGGAAACUUGAUUUGUGCAAACUUAAAAAAAAAAAGGCAUUCUUCUCUUUUAUUAUUAGAAAAAAAACCUCAGUGGACCAAUCCACCUUUAGGGAAAUCCUAGAUGAAAACAUUGGAGCAAAUAUGAAUGUCUUACAAAAUUAUGUAUAAGUUGGCUUUGAUUGUGUUUACAAGAGGUCUUGUUUUAUCUUGCAAAAUGAAAUAAACAAAAGGAUGUGGUUCCUGCCUCUUGCAAUAUACACCGCAUGUUGUACCUUGUCUUAAACAGUGAAGUAGUAAUGUCUUGUAUGAUCUCAGAUUCUGUACCAGCAGUGUCCAAUGUUAUAAAGCUUGAAUUUGCAGACUGUGUCUCUUAAAGCAGUAUUGUCAUUGGUCAGUUUGAAUAUUGAUCUCAAAAUCGACCAAUCAAAUGCUUGAGUGUCGAGACUGGUCUUCAAUUUCAGUUUUAUGACUGGAUCCUGACUGCAGAAUAAUGUUGCUUCUACAAAAUCAUUUGAGUUUCAUGGCAUCUGGUUUAAUCAUAAUAAGUAAUAUAAUGCAUUUAACUUCUGUUCUUGAGGAAGAACUUUCAUGCUUGAGCAUUUUCCACAACAACCAACACCAUUUAAGUAGUACCUUAGAUUUUUCAAAUAGUAUUACUGUUGUAGUCCCGAUAUAUUAAGAAGUAUCUUAACUUUUACAUAAAGCAGUUUCUUCUUUAACCAUGGAAGUAAGGAAGGUGUUUGCAUUUAUUAUAGUGGUGCCUUGCUAGUUAUUACAAUACAAUACAAAUACAAUACAAAUUUUAUUUAAAGUCGGUGCGUAUAUAUAAACAGGAAAACAUUAGCUAUGUAUAGCUGUUUACCGACAUAGUUAUUAAACCUGCCCUCUAGGCUUAGUAGGUACAGGUUGGUUUUGGGGCAGACUCAAGGACUGCGGGUUAGGAUUUUUAACUGACUGCCAGUACUAGAGAACUCUUUCAAAAUACGGCAUUUAAUUCAUAUCAAACAAAUGGACUUGAUUUAGUAACAAAAAAAAUCACAUGCUUGGUGUUAGAGUGAAGUAACUGUAAAUGAACAAUGAAUUAAAUACAAGCAAAUCAUUUAAUAGAUCUUUCAUAGUUUGCUGGAUCCACCUUUACAUGCCCAAGGUUAUAGAACAGGUUUGGAGACCAGUCUUAGAAUGCAACCUUGCCAUUGGUCGAUUUCAAAAAUGAAUUGAACCAGUCAGAUGCAGGAGUUUUGAGACUGGUUUCCAAACUCGAGUUUUGUAACUGGGCAUCAUUUGCUUUUCCCUGGUACACAUUUAGAAUGAUAUGAAAUUUCAUUGUCAUAUUUAUUUUGUAUUUCUGUCUUGUCUUGUAGAUUUAGUCUCUUUGUGAAGUCUGAUGUUAGUUAUUACAUUUUAUUGUUUGUAUGGUUAUUACUAUUAUGUUUGUUAUAGCUGUUAUAACUUUGUUAGUUAUUGCUAUAUUUACAGUCACUUGUUAGAUAUUUUAUUGAAAUUAUUUACUGUAACAGCUAUUCAGAUAGCUUGCAGAAGGUCAGUGAUUCUAUUCAGCUUUUUGUCCAGGUCUGAAUUAAUGUCUAUAGGGGCAUCUGGAGUCUUUUUCCAUCUUUAAAAACUAGAAAAUCACCACAUAAUCUAAAUAGUAUUGGUACAGUUUAAAAUUCGACCACAGACGUUUCAAAACCUACUGAGCUGCAACUAUUUGAAGAAUAAUGAGAACUAUUCAACUCACCUGGAUGUAGGUGUUUUGUGUCACAACUUGGUUAAAGUUUUACAUGCAAGUUCAGAUCUCAGUAACCAUUGCUUGUAUUGGAUAAACUUUACAUAAGGCUGCCACCUGGUCAAAUAACAAAUUUCGAUAACUCUUGAUUGAAUUUAUUUGUAAUUAUGGCCCUUUUUGACUUGGAAAAUUUGGUUGAAGUUUUGCUUAUAACUAACUAUUGAGCUGUCUCUCAGGAACAACUCUGUGUAUUGAAUUGAAACAUCACAAAAACUCCCCUGUCAUUAAAACUGUACAAAUAACCAAGUUAGAUAACUCUUGGAGGAAUUUAGUACAAAUUAAGACAUUUUUUUUCAACUUAAAAAAUCAGUUAAGUCUUAUUUGUAACUAACUUUUUAAGUUAAAUCUCAGUAACAGACCUAUAUAUUGGAUUGAAACUUCACACAAUGCAUAACCAAGUUAGACAACUCUAGGUUGAAUGUAAUUCAAACUGUGGCUCUUUCUAGACUAAGAAAAUUUGGUUACGGGUAAUGUUUUGCAUGCAAGUCAAGCUUUAUCUCAGUAACAGCUACAUAUAUUGGAUUGCAAUUUCACACAAGACAUGCAUCUUAAGUACUUACCCAAGUCAAAGAUGUUUUGCAUGCAUGUUGUCGUAAUAAAAUUUGAAUUUGCAGUAAAUUAUUAUAGAAGAGCUUGGUUACAUAAGUUUUGCCCUUGUUCCACUUAAGUUGUUGUUUAGUCAAGUGCGUUGUCUUAUGGACAAGUCUUGUUUUAUGAUAUUUUAGUCUGAAAAGUGAUAAUUCUUUUUGAAGUAUUGACUCGCUACAUUUGCCUUGGGAGUUGAAAAAUAUUUCUAGAGUGCGAAUUAUACAGUAUCACAAAUAUGUUAAAUAGUUGUUCAAAUUUUAAAAAGCUGUCCAAACCGUCUUGUUAAGGGAGACAUUAUUCUUACUUAUGCCACAUAAUCAGAUAUAGUCUAGAAAAUAGUGUAUACUUUGCCCUUAUAUAAUGUGCCACUUUUACAUGCAUUAGAAAAUUGGUCCCAGAAGAACUAGUUCCAAUAUGUACCAUGUUUAGGCAGUAUUAAUUAAGUUGUAGAAUUAUUUGCAGAAUAUAUAAUAGUGUUGUCAUAGGUACUUGGUUGUAUUUGAGAGCUCUCCAUACCACAGUAUUCCUUUUAUCUAGAAUAAAAUUUGUAGACACAUGGGUCUGGAAGAGAUUUGAGAGGGGUAAACAAAGUCUUUUUUACGCCCAUCUCUGAAAGAGAGGGGCAUAUUAUGUGAACACCCAAGGCGGUCGGUCGGCGUCCAAAUGCAUGUCCACUCUCUAAGUCGAACAGUUUACAUCCGAUCUUCACCAAACUUGCUGACAAUGUUUGUGGGCAUAAUAAUCCGAUUGUCUAUUUCAUCCCACAUGGAACCUCAUAAAUACCUUUAUUCCUUCUUACUCUUUUUGGGGGUUAACAAAGCAUAUACCAUCAACAUUAUUACCUUUAUGAUGCGUAAAUGAAUAUUUAGACGGGCGUAUUUUGUGACAGUCUGGCACUCUUGUUUGUUAGUUAUAUAGGGGUUAAAGAUCUUUACAGUUUAUAUAAAGAUCAUAAAACUCCCUUGCUCAUUGCCAAAGUACAGUGCUUAAAUCUUUAAUAGCAGUUUCCAGAUAUUGAACAAAAUAAACAUACAAAUUAAUUAAAAGCAAAGCCUUAUUAAAUCAUCAGAAAUGGCUAAAAUUGGCUAAUAUAAUGAUGAAUAUUAGAACAAUAAAUUUUCCUCAGAAAUUUUGCCUUUCAUAUCUAUAAAAAUACUUAAAAAAUAAUUUUCUAGGACUAUUUUGACACAACAGGUUCAGAAAUUAGUACAUACUGGAAGUAGUAUUUGAUCCAAGUAAAUAUCAGCCCAUGGUUCUUUUAGAUACUUUGUUAAAUGACUUUUAUACUGUGAGUUUAUAUUAUUAUAUUUAUUUUCCCGAUCACCUUAUUGUUAAUUAAGUCAUUUGUAUAUGCUUGUUACAGUGGCUGCAAGUAUGUUACUUUCCGUUUUGUACCAUAUAAUGUUAUCCCUCUGUAUUUUUUUAAAACAGUUGAAUGUGUAAAUAAUAUUUUUGGAUGGUAAUUAGAAAUUUUAGAUAGUUAUGUAAGGUCUGGAAAAAAUAAAUUAUACACAUCAAACUCCCAAAUUUGUAAAUACUGGUACAUAAUUGUUAUAAAAUUGAGAGGCUGACUUUUAAUACUUAUACAGGUAUGGUUAUGUGUAGAAUUUUAUUCUAAAUUGUCUUCAGGUUUUAAAGUUCGGAACAUGAUGAUUUUAAUAUAAUUUUGCCAUACACAUUCAGUAUAUAUGUGAACUAUCAUAACAGAUAAAUUUAUAUGUGGCAAACAACUCUUAUUAAAAUAAUGUUUUAGAAAAUAUUCACAUAAUCUUGCUUACAGUGGUCCUCAACUUGUACACAUAUGGCAGUUUCAUUCUCUUAGUAUGCUACUUUGGAAAGAAAGACGUUUUAAAAGAGAAUAUAUUUAACAAUAAGGUCCAGAAAUGAUUUAUGCAUCAAAUUUUGGCUGAAGUUUGCUUGCAAUGAAAUAUUUCUUACCAAAGUUUUGGGAAAAAAUUGAAAAAAUACAAUUUUGAUGUGUUUGCUAUCAGCUCCUUAGUAUAAUCAGACUUGAUGUAAGAGUGGUAAGAUUAGAAUAAAAAUCAAGAUGUACUGCUCGCUUUAAUAGAAGAACAUUUUUUUGUGGUCUUUAAAAAAUUGAAUUAGCCCAGUUAAAACAGGGAGGGGGAAUGAGUCUUGCAAUGAGACCAGAAGAAGACCCAAAGAUACUGAACUUGGUAAGCAUCCAGGUAGCCGUACUUGACCUUUACAUAGAAACCCUCAUUGAUUUUAAGAACUGGCUUUUUGUUUUGUGUUCAGCCCUGACAUUUAGGCUUCAUAAAACCAAAAACAGUUGUUUUCACUUAUAAGUUUAACUGCUGAUAUUUAUAGGUUAUUGGAUUUUUUCCAAAUGUAUACGUGAGUGCAGCGCAAUUUUGUUCUGCAUUAGAAUGAAUGCAUAUUUGUUAAUGCAGAGCUUAUAACCUUUUUAUAAUGCAUCAACACAAAAGUAUUGUAAAAAAAAAUGUACAUAUAUAUUCUUUAGCCAAAAUUAAAUUGAAAAAGAACACCUAUAUUUUACAUAUGCUUGUUAGGUCUCAUGGGUUUAUACAGAUUAUGAAAAGUCCUUAAAUUUGAUACUAGUCCUUGAAAACAGCCUGGAAAUGGGUAAAACGCUUAAAAUCUGCAAAAGAUGAUUUAUACACUAAUAAAAGUGAUUAUUUAGAGAACAUUGGCUACGUAGUGUGGUAGUCUAGUGGGAUACAUCUGUUAAUUUAUUUUACACAUAGGCAUUCUCUCAUAUGUUUUUGUGAUUCUGCCAGUAAAAAUGUUUCAAGAUUUCAUUUGUGUUCAUUUAUGUGUAAUUUUUAUGAUACACACAUAUUCCAGUGUAAGUCUGGCAUGACGUAUAAAAUUUCAAUAAGAGUAUUUUGUGUCCAUAAUUCAGAACAUUACAGUGUAAUUCUGACUAAAAUGUUAAUGUAAAAGUUUAUAAAACACUUUGUUAAUCUUUAAUUGCAGAACUGUAAAUUUAUAUGCAAAGAACCACUAGACAUUUUUCUGAGAAUUUUUAGAUGAUGCAUAUGUACAGAUAUUUAACUAGCCUACUGGUGGCAAGUGAGUGUGCUUUAGCGACCAGUGCAGACCAAGAUUAUGGUUGCACUGUUCACUAUUCAGUCAGUAAAUGUUACGUGAAUACCCCUUCAAAAAAUAAAUGGUGUUGCCCAAAUUGAAUGAUGAACCAGUCCAUUUUAAAAAUUUAUCAGGGUAAAGGUUAAUUUAUUACCUGUACAAGUAUUGAGAUCUUAAGUCCUCUUAAACCUCUGCAUUUAUAGUACCAGAAUUGUUAUUACCCACGUACACAGAUUACACAUACUUUAUUUUAUGUUUUUCGGUGGUUUAUCGAAAUAUAACGGUGAAUUAUAUCCUGAUAAACUCACUGGCCACUCAGUGAAAAUUAUCAAAUCUGAUACCUGGAUUAAUGUCAAAAAGUUUACCGAGCGUACUGAAAGCCGGAAACAAUAUGACGAUGACGUCGUUAAAAUGACGUCAUCUUUGCGAUGCUUCCUGAUAAAAUUUCCUGCAAAUUUCGACAUUUUAUUGAAAUAAACACAACAAAAGUAGAGUUUUAGACAUAAAAUAAACAGAAAAAUUGUUGGUAUCGAUGUAAUAUCACGGUAAUUUCACUUGUGAACACCAAAAGUUGUUAUUUUCACUCGUGGCUGCGCCACUCGUGAAAAUAUCACUUCUGGUGCCCACUUGGUGAAAUUAUAACGUGAUAUUACACCGAAACCAACAAUUAUCCUCUAUGUAUUAGAAAUAGUGUUUUUAAUUUCUCAUAAAAUGUGAGUUGGAAAUGUGUCAUACUGUUUUAUUUUUGUGAAAAAAUUGUUUUAAAUGUCAUAAAACAUUCUUUAUAUUGCAUAAAUGAUUCUUUAAAAGGUGUAAAUUUCCCUCUGUGAUUCUAUCUGAAGUCAAUUAAAUGUAUGAUGAAUAUUAACAA